CCUGCACAAAGGAAGAAGAACAAGUCCAUCUCACAAGUUUCAUUAAUUCCGUUUUCGUGAAUCUCUCUGUGUACAAAGACGAAGAGCAAACAAGACGAAGUGACACUGAUAGAAACCCUAGGGUUUUUUUUUUGUUUGUUAAAUUCCGUCGAGGCGUAAUGUCGUCGGAGCUGCAGAUUUCGCCGGCGAUUCACGACCCGCAAGGGCAAGAAAAGCAGCAGCAAGCCGCCGGAGUCGGGAUUUUGCUUCAGAUCAUGAUGCUUGUCCUCUCUUUUGUACUCGGUCAUGUCCUUCGCCGUCAUAAGUUCUAUUAUCUACCUGAAGCUUCUGCUUCUCUUCUAAUCGGGCUGAUCGUUGGUGGUUUAGCGAACAUCUCGAACACGGAGACUAGCAUUAGGACAUGGUUCAAUUUCCACGAUGAAUUCUUCUUUCUGUUUCUGCUGCCUCCCAUCAUAUUUCAGUCAGGCUUCAGUCUGCAACCUAAACCUUUCUUUUCAAACUUUGGAGCCAUUGUCACUUUUUCAGUGCUUGGAACUUUUGUAGCUUCCAUGGUUACUGGAUUGCUAGUGUACCUUGGCGGUGUGAUGUUUCUCAUGUACAGACUUCCAUUGGUCGAGUGUCUCAUGUUUGGCUCUCUUAUCUCGGCCACUGAUCCUGUCACUGUAUUGUCUAUAUUUCAGGAACUUGGUUCAGAUGUAAAUUUGUAUGCCCUGGUGUUUGGAGAAUCAGUUUUAAAUGAUGCUAUGGCGAUAUCUCUGUACAGGACAAUGUCCUUGGUGAGAAGUCAUUCCUCUGGACAGAAUUUCUUUAUGGUGAUAGUCAGGUUUCUCGAAACGUUUGUCGGUUCAAUGUCUGCAGGCGUUGGAGUUGGAUUCACCUCUGCUCUCCUAUUCAAGUAUGCAGGGCUGGAUGUUGACAAUCUGCAGAACUUGGAAUGCUGCCUCUUCGUGCUUUUUCCAUAUUUCUCAUACAUGCUUGCUGAAGGUCUCAGUCUAUCUGGCAUCGUAUCGAUUCUAUUUACUGGGAUUGUCAUGAAACAUUAUACCUACUCAAACUUGUCUGCAAAUUCUCAGCGAUUUGUGUCUGCGUUUUUUCAUCUGAUAUCUUCACUGGCAGAGACUUUUGUGUUCAUCUACAUGGGUUUUGAUAUUGCCAUGGAAAAGCAUAGUUGGUCACACUUGGGAUUCAUCUUUUUCUCUAUUUUAUUUAUCGUAAUUGCAAGGGCAGCUAAUGUGUUUGGUUGUGGAUAUUUGGUCAAUCUGGCACGGCCUGCUCAUAGGAAAAUACCAAUGACGCAUCAGAAAGCACUUUGGUACAGUGGACUUCGAGGUGCUAUGGCUUUUGCUCUUNUGGGUUCUAUUGGUCAGCGAUGAAAUAUUUUAUUCUGAUUCGCUCGCUCCUUCUUUCAGUCUGCAGAACUUGGAAUGCUGCCUCUUCGUGUGUUGCUGAUUGGAGGAUCCACUGGUACAAUGCUUGAAGCCCUAGAGGUCGUAGGUGAUAGCCAUGAUACAUCCUUAGGUGAUGGUUUUGAGGUGGUGAACAGUCGUUAUAUGACUAGUUAUGAUGAUGAAGAUACACCGUCAGGAAGCGGAUUCAGGACAAAACUAAGAGAGUUCCAUAAGAGCGCGGCAUCAUUCACAGAACUAGAUAAGAACUAUCUAACACCAUUCUUCACAAGUAACAACGGAGAUUAUGAUGAUGAGGAUAACAUAGAGCAACACCAUGAAGAACGAAUCCCAUUUACUAGAAGAGGAAAUCUAAAUAACCGAGGCUAAAAUUCCCGAGAGAAGAAAUCUAAGUGUUUUUUUCACCGGCAUAUAUGUACAUAAAAGAAAUUGGAUGUAUCGGAGGAAGUAGUGAGAAGGGUAUCUUCUAGAGUUCUCUCUAAUAUGGGACUUGUGUUGUUGGUUUUGAACCUCAAAGGGAGAUAUUGUUAGGUUGAAACUAAUUACAUUCACACAAAAAAAAACUUAAUGGCCAUGGCUGCUUAUACUUGUCUAUCCCAGGAAUGUUAAAAAAAAAAUUAUUUGGAAAUGCGAUAAUGUCUCCUUUGUCUCGUGGUU